AUGAAUGGAACAACAUCCAAUUCGACUGUGAAUGGUGUCCCUACCUUCAAAGAAGAAAACGACUCAGAUGAGGGCAUCGGCAAAUCUGAAGCUCAUACAAAUGCAUUUAAACGUCACAAAAUUCAUUUAUCGCCAAAAGAUGAUAAGGCUACUGGAUUUUCGCAAACUCCGCCUUCAAAUGGCACAAAUUCAGUAUUUGUCACGCCUGGCAUUUAUAAAAGAAAAAUUUGUAAACCGCGAAUAAAGGAAUCGACUGAAGAGGUCAAAUUUACCUGGUCGGUUGAUGAAUUGGCUAUUUUCCGACCUGUCAAUUUUGAUGAUGCUGAAUUUUCUUUGCCGCCGGAUGAUUGGAAUCCCAACCCUCACCACGAUGUAGAAAAAUUUUGGAGUCGAAAUACACAAAUAUUUCCUUCGCCAGAUAUACAAAACGUUUUUCGACCUGUUGGUGAAAAUUAUACAAAAUCUUCAUCGAGCUCAAGUCCUAACUGUUACAGUUAUUCGUCGGAGGAUUUUUAUGGACAAAAUAGUACUGAAAGCAGCAGUAGUCGAUCUACUUCAAAUAAACGAUUUAUUCACUCAUCAGACAACUCGCCAGACGAUGCUUUGCUCUUUAAGUUGGAUAAUAUAAAGGAUGAAAAAGAAAACGAGCAUGAAUUUGAACAAAUCGAACACUCAUUGUCAAUUGGAGAUGAUGCAGAUCAAAUCUUUGCAGAUUUGGAACACGAAAGUGGAAGUUUUGUUAUGCGACAACAAGUCAAUAGUCCUAUAGAGAAUGUAGAAAAGUUGUUAUUUUUAGAGGUUAGUCUUUUCCUUGAAACUAAUAUUUUCAAUUUUAAGACAAGUCCAAUAAAACCUAAUAGCUAA